AUGUUUGCUGAAUUUUUCGGUGACGCCCAACAUGUUUCUCAAUCCUCUGAUUUCACUUCAGAGCCAACACGAAUGCUUCCACCUAUCCAAGGCUAUGAGAACGAGCCCCUUGUUUCUCUGGAAGAAGCUAUUCAACCUCUGAUUUCAAUUGUUCCUGAAGUUGAACGCAUGGCUUGGACAGUAAAACAAACUCAUUUCCAUGGAGAACAUGGUUUAACUGAUGCCGAAGCAGCUUCCAUCUUACUCUAUACACUAGAAUGGACCCCCAGAGAUAAAUCAUUUUAUAUUAUUCUUAAUAAUACUUUACAAGCGGCUGAUCGACAGCUACUGAAGCCAUGGUUCCUUUAUCUUCGCCUCAUUAUGACAUCUUUAGCCAAACUUCCAUCGGACUCUAAUCGUCUUACGGUGUAUCGUGGAGUCAAACUUGAUUUAAGUGCACAAUAUCCAAAAGGAAGUAUAGUCACUUGGUGGGGCUUUUCAUCUUGCACAGCAUCUGUGGGUAUUUUAGGCAACGAACAAUUUGUAGGUCAAAAUGGAACAAGGACAUUAUUUACCAUUGACUGCUCUUCUGCCAAAAAUAUUAAACAAUAUUCAGUUUUUCCAGAAGAAAAAGAAGUACUACUUCCUGCAGCUCGACAAUUUCAAGUGAUAGAUUCUCUUAAUCCAGGCAACGGCCUUCACAUUAUACAACUCAGAGAAAUCCAACCCAAAUUUCCACUCAUCAAUCCUGUACACCAACCGUUUAAGCCACCUAAAUGUAACGAUUCCAACCUACAGAAAUACAUUGAUGCAAUGUAUCUCGAUCAAACACUCACCAUACUCGACAUCGGAUACAAUAAAAUCGGCGCUAUGGGUGCACAAGAUCUUGUCAAUGCUCUACAAAUGAAUAAAGUAACAACUACACUUUUUCUUGUUCCUCUUCACUUCACUUAA